ACAUGCACCACUCAAAUUAAGUUAAACAAAAUAUAUUAUAUACAUGAUGUUUCUUUCUCAGAAACCUGUUUCUAACCCCUCUUCUUCAGCUACAUUAAUGCUUUGCAUUUUUGUAGUUCUCCUUUCUGAAGGUUGUAUUCUGGCUCUGUCAAAGAACACUACAUUUCCGGCUAUCAUUGUGUUUGGAGACUCCAUUGUGGAUCCAGGGAAUAACAAUUAUAUCAGUACAAUAAUCAAAUGUGAUUUUGCACCGUAUGGAAGAGAUUUCCAGGGAGGAAAACCAACCGGAAGGUUUAGUAAUGGAAAGGUCCCCUCUGACUUCGCAGCUGAAUUCUAUGGCAUUAAGGAGCUGUUACCAGCAUAUCUUGAUCCAAAUCUAAACCUACAAGACCUCCUCACCGGUGUAAGUUUUGCCUCUGGUGGUGCCGGAUAUGAUCCUCUCACUUCUAAAAUAGUGUCUGUUUUAUCAUUAUCGGAUCAACUGGAACUAUUCAAGGAAUAUAAGGAAAAGAUAAAGUUAGCAAUGGGGGAAGAGCAAACUACCAACUUUCUUUCUAAAGUCCUAUUCAUAAUCUGCACUGGAAGUGAUGACAUUGCCAAUACUUACUUUACUACCCCAUUUAGAAGAGCUCAUUAUGACAUUGAUUCGUACACUAAUUUAACAAUCAGUUCAGCCUCACAGUUCUUCCAGGAGCUUUAUGGGGAAGGAGCGAGGAGAAUUGCAAUUCUUGGGUUGCCGCCAAUUGGGUGUGUACCGUCACAGAGAACGCUCGGAGGAGGUAAACAAAGAGGCUGUGUAGAGGCUGCAAACCGUGCUGCGACACUCUUCAACUCCAAGCUCUCUGCCCAGGUGGAUUCUCUCAAGAAAAGUCUUCCAGGCCUUAAGACAGUCUACAAUGACAUCUACAAUCCAUUGCUUUCCAUCAUCCAAAACCCUCAAAAAUACGGAUUUGAAGAGGCAAACAAAGGUUGCUGUGGCACCGGCAACAUAGAAGUGAGCAUACUGUGUAAUCAACUCAGCAACCACAAAACCUGCAAGGAUGCUUCGAAAUUCGUAUUCUGGGACAGCUACCAUCCCACAGAGGCAGCCUACAAGAUCCUUUCCUCUGUUAUUCUUAAUCAACACCUCAAUGACCUGCUCUGAUUUCAAGAAAAGUUACAACUUUACAAUUCUAUAUGAGCAUUCUUUUGGAUGUUUUUCCUCUUUAAUUGACAUAAAAAUGUAGGCAAAACUGCCACUAAUAAUUUUUCUUAACGAGUCCAAACUGAAAAUUCCUCUUACCUACUGUAUCCUGAAAGAAAAGUUCUUAAUCUAU